AUGAAUUCUGUUUCAGAUUCAAUUUCACAGUCUAUAGUUUUCAUGGAGAAUGCGCUUGAUGUAUGGAAUGAUUUGAAAGAAAGGUUUUCCCAGGGUGAUCUCAUGCGUAUUUCUGAGCUGCAGCAAGAAAUUUACAACCUAAAGCAAGAAACCAAAUCAGUAAUUGAUUUUUUCUCUGAUCUUAAAAUUCUUUGGGAAGAACUAGAUCUGUAUUUGCCUUUACCAACUUGUACUUGUCGCAUAAAGUGUUCCUGUGAAGCUAUGCGUAAUGCAAGAUCUCAUCACCGGCUAUUGCAAAUUAUCAGAUUCUUGACUGGUUUAAAUGACCAAUUUGUUGUAGUGAAGUCCCAAAUAUUGUUAAUGGAUCCUUUUCCAACUAUGAAUAAGAUAUUCUCCAUGGUUAUUCAACAUGAGCGACAAAUUCAGCUCCCUAUUCCAAAUGAUGAGUCUCAAACACUGAUUAAUGUUGCUGAUUCCAAGAGGUUUGGAGCAAGAAAUAAUGCAUUCAAGCAUGGUGUUCGCGUUUUCACAUUCUGUGGCAAGACUAACCACACUGUUGAAAAUUGCUUCAAGAAACAUGGUGUACCACCUCAUAUGCAGAAACAGUUUCAAAAUUCAGCUAACAAUGUGGCAUCAGAUGGAAAUGAUGAUGAAUCUUCAUCUCAUGGUGCUGACAUUAAAAGUGACAAUUCAUCUAUGACUCAAGGUCAAUCAGUGCUUUAA